UAUUAUACGGCAUGUUAAGCUUUGGUCCUAUUAAUUUUCUAGAUUUUUUAUUUUAACAAAACGUAAACAAUACCGGGGAUAUAAAUAUUAAAAUGAGCCUACCGGCAGCCUUAUUGCAGCGCCUUAAGAAGCGAGGACUUGUGACCAAACAAUCGGGAACCACACCGAUUUCAGAAGCUAUAGAAGAGAUUAUAGCCGAAAACUACGAUGACGAUGAUAAGAGCGGUCCGUAUCCAUAUAAAGAGGACUCGGCGCCGGAACCCAAGCGACGGAGCACCGAGGAGCAGUUCUGGUCGCACCGCAUCAAGGAACGGAUCGGCGUGAACGAGUCCUAUCACGGAUAUAAGCUGUGUCCCAACAAGUACAACAUCUACCACAAGUGCUCGCUGUACUGCGUGAAUAAGUUUAAUAGCUCCCCGCUUUCGCACUCGCAACCGAGUCACAAGUAUCUCAAGCGCUACAAGAGGCUUUUGAGGAAAUAUCCCCUGGAGGCGGGUUGGAAGGAUGUGUACGACAAGGGCUGCAAGGCCUAUUACUUUUAUAAUUCAACCACUCAGACUGUCUCGUGGCUUCCGCCUUCCCAUCCAAAAGCCCGGAUUACGAACAGUGCCGCCGUCUUUCGCCGCCAACUGGCCAACUCAAAUGAUGAGUUCAAUUUCGACUCCAGCAACUUGGUCCUUCCCAAAUCCUCUGGCCUAAAUGAACUCGAUGAGGCUGAAAAUCCAUUCAGUUCCUCGGUUUUCGUACCCCCCAAGAAGCAAAAGUCAAGGGACUUGGAUCGAAAACUUCAGCGACGACGACGUAAUGAUUAGAAUUCUCUUCUCAUCUCAAAAUAAAAAUAAUUAAUACAUCCUUUAAUAAGGUUUAAAAAUGUA